AUGUCUUUCAACUUGAGCCGGAACGGAUUUUCCAUCCGAAGCCCACCUCGAUUUCCAAGACUUCGAAAAUGGAUCCAUAGACUACUCUGUAUUCGUGGAGGUGUUAGAGCUGUCGUUGAAGACGAUCAGGAGGAUUGGCCGAUGGGACAGAUCGAGGAGCGAUCAAGGAUCCGAAGAAGAGCAGAAGCUGCUCGAGGAAUGGCAGAAAGAAGAGAAGGGAGCGUCGUUCGAGAGCCAUCACUAUCCGUUGUGGAAGAAGAGGGGGUCAUCGAUGAAGAAAUAAUUGAAGCCUUUGAUGACGUAAUCCUGGAUGAUGUUCUCGAUUUCUCGCUCAUGGACCAGUCAUUCAGACUGCCAAGACUCUUUCCAACGAUUCGAAAUGUCAUUAUUCCGCCUGGAGCAACGGUGAACUACAAUCUCUGGACCCCCGAUGACGUGUUCGAUUGGCUCCGCAUGUUUCUCCCCAUGGAUGUCGCCCUUUUCUGGUUUUUCCUGAAACAACAAAUCAGUGGAAAUCAACUCUGGUUUUGCUUUCUCAACAAAGAAACUGCACUUGAAUGGUGGGAGGAGAAUAACAUUACAGUGGGUAUCGGGAUGAAGGUUCGAAUGACACUCGGUCGCGUUCACAACAUUUUCUAUGGAUAUGAGUAUUAG